AUGCUUGAGAAUGUGGAAAUUGGGGAACAAAAACGCCGAGAUGAUGCUUAUAAAGCUGCAAAAAAGAAAACUGGCUUAUACGACGAUAAGUUCAAUGAUGAUCCCUCUGCAGAAAAGAAAAUACUCCCAAAAUAUGAUCCAGUUGCCGAAGAGGGUUUAACUUUGGAUGAAAGAGGGAGCUUCUCAGGCGAAGCUGAAAAGAAACUUGAAGAGCUCCGAAGAAGGUUCACUGGUGUAUCCACUAAUAACUUUGAAGACCUUACUUCAUCUGGAAAGGUAUCAUCAGACUACUAUUCUCAUGAAGAAAUGCUUCAAUUUAAGAAGCCCAAGAAGAAAAAGUCCUUACAGAAGAAAGAUAAGCUGGACAUUAAUGCACUUGAAGCUGAAGCUAUCUCUUCAGGAUUGGGUGUUGGCGACCUUGGUUCUCGGAAAGAUGCAAAGAGGCAAGCCAUCAAAGAUGAACAAGAAAGAUUGGCAGCUGAAAUGAGAAAUAAUGCUUACCAGUCUGCUUAUGCUAAAGCAGAUGAAGCUUCCAAGUUACUUCGUCCAGAACAAUCUCUGUACAAUAAAACAGGGGAAGAUGAAACCCCAACUUUUGCAGAUGAUGACGAGGAUCUUCGUAAAUCCUUAGAGAAAGCAAGGCGACUAGCUCUUAAGAAACAGGAGGAGAAAGGAGCAUCUGGCCCUCAAGCUAUUGCUUUACUUGCCGCCUCAAAUCCUAGUAAUGAGACUGUUGAUGAUCCAAAUUCUACCGCUGGAGAGUCAAGAGAAAAUAAGGUGGUCUUUACAGAGAUGGAAGAAUUUGUCUGGGGUCUUCACAUUGAUGAAGAAGCACGUAAGCCAGAAGGUGAAGAUGUUUUCAUGCAUGAUGUCGAGGCAAAUGUUCCUGUCGAGGAAAAUAAAGAUGAGGCUGGCGGGUGGACUGAGGUUAAAGAAACUGAAACACAGAUGAGCAACCCAACUCAGAAGACAAGGAAGUGA